AUGGCGAAUUUAAUGAUGGUAAGUUGAUAUUAGGAGAUUUUUGUAGUGAUGUAGCAAGUUUGCCAACAAGCCGUCAACAAGUUGUUCUCGCAUGAACUGCUUGUCCCAAGUUGUUAACAAGUUUGAAACAAACUGUUAACAGCUUGUUGUAAUAACCUUGUUGAUAUUAUCAGACUUGUUGCAAGGUUGUUUCAACAAUUAAGUCCGAUACAAUCAUGAUAUAACAAUAUUGUUACAACCUUUUGUUGUCAACCUUGUAACAUUCUUGUUAUAUCAUGACUGUAUCAGACUUUGUUAGAACAACCUUGUAACAAGUCUGAUAAUGCCAUCAAGCUUGUUACAAGUUGUCAACAGCUUGUUCCAAACUUGUUGCAGCAACUGGGGAACAAGCAGUGCGAACACAACUUGUCGACAGCUUGCGAACAGAUUUGUAACAACUUAAUUGUUUUGAGACCCGUAACAACUUUUGCGUGUGUUGGUUUCAUCAAGCGUCACCGGCCAGCACAUGGUGGUCAGCGUGAGAAUGCCGACACUUAUAUUUUACAUCUAAAUACAAGAUUUUACUAUACAUUAUGAGAAGAAUUAACAAUAUUAUCUCACUGGGAUCUUGUCCACCAUCAUCAACUAUAAUACCUCUAGUGCGAUUACAUUCCAAAUAUUUUUAAAAGUUUUUUGCACUCGAUGUGUUUCUAAAUCUGCAAAAUCAUAUUUAAGAAGUAUGUAAUGCGGCAAUGAACUUUCAAAACCAUCCUAAAAGAAAAAUGAUUUUUCAAGGUUGAGAAAGUUGCCGUGAUAUGUUGUCUAUAUAUUUGUUAAUUUUUUUAUUCUUUUUAGUUCGGUGCAGUGCUUGCUGUCAUGUCCCGCGUGUAUGCCCAAAAUUCAACCUCAUCACCUAAUGCGACUAUUAGUGCUGUGAUUAAUGCGACUCAAACUUCUGGGAUUAAUUUGAUGCCAACGAGCUCUUCAUGGGGUAAGUACAACUCUUGUUACGAGUUGUGGUGCAGCAUUUUCAAAAGUUAAUUUAUAUCAUCAAGUAUGAUUUUAACAUCACUAUGUAGUGGUGGAUUUAUAGGAUUGACAGCCAACAGGGGUGCAAGGGUAGUGCAAGAAUUAAGUUUAUCUUAAAUGUUCGAGAUAUUCAAAGUUUGUCAACAAUCUUAGACUAAAUUAAGUUUUGGAAUUCAAGGCAUCGCCACAGUACUACUUCAAAAUACUAAUAAGUCCAAUAUUAAUAAUUAAUUUACUUUGAAUAAAGCAAAUUCUUAAUUUUGCUGCAAACGUCUAACAUUAGAAAAAUUCCAUUCUCUUUUAUGCAAUCACAGUAUCAAGGAAUCGGGGAAUUAUAUUUUAUAUAAUUAUUAAAUUAUGUUCAUUCAACAUAUCAUUAAAUUGUAACCAAGAAACUACUAUAGGUGCUCUUUCAUGACAGUAUGCUACUGGCCAGUGUUGCGGUGUGUUUGACUGCUCGCCCAGCACCCCCUAAAAAAGCUUUGCUGGAUCCACUACUGUUGCUAUGUCUGGCAAAAUGGUAAACAUCGUGACAUUAACAAGUGUAUAACGAUGGCAACGUAUUGUAUAUAUACAGACGUUUCGUUGUGAAGGACGCGACGCUAAAUAUUUAUUUUAUGUGGAUUAAAAGUGAUGUAUUGAAAAUGUAAAAUGAAAAUGACUAUAAAGUCAGUAGCAAUUAAAUUUCGGCAAAGCGGCAAGUUUCGGCACAUCUAACCUGUUUUCAAACGAAAAUGAGAAUUGGCAGUUACAUAAUACGAACUAUAUCAAUAUAUGCAGUUGGUCAACACUAGCCUGCGAACAGGCUAGGUCAACACAGACUUAUGUGCGCGUCGUGAUCGAUGAUCCGUCUGUGUGUGUAAUAAAUACGGCAUUAGAUGAACUGUCAGGGAGAUUUGGUCCCAGAACGAUUGCCAGCCUACAUACGUAAAAACACACUAAAAUAUUACUCUCGAGUCUAGGUAGUGGCAAUAAGAAGAAAGCUUGGCAUUGAUAGGGAUACAACUACCUGAAAAAUACAAGGAAAACCAAUAGACCUUAUGUAUAAUGACGUCACAAGGCUUGAUGCCCGCGAGGAAUGCUGGUCUUAAUAGUCAUCGACCGGGAAAAUUUCGAUAGUGGCCAUUUUGAAUUGUUUAAUUUUCCCGGGUGAUGACUAUUAAGACCAGCAUUCCUCGCGGCCAUCAAGCCUUGUGACGUCAUUAUGCAUAAGGUCUUUUAUUUCUACCUGAAAAAAUGCAAGAACUAAAUAUAUUUUUGGAGGUAAUAUUUCUAUAAUAUUCCUCAUGACAAAUUUUUCAAUCAAGCAUCCCGUUCAGUAACUCAGUGGUCAAAGUCGUCCUGUUUUAUUUUUAUAGUUUACUUUUCCUUUUUGCUCUUUAGGGCUGACUUGAUUUUCUUUUGCCCCUUUCCCUCCCCUUUUAGAGAGGAGUACGAAUGGUAAUUGUAUAACAAGACCAUUAAUUUUUAUAUUCCAGGUCCAACUCAAGCUCUAACUAAAGCACCUGUUCAACCCACUACUGUUCAACCCAAUACUUCUCGUCAACCCACUGGUACUGUUCAACCCACUGGUACUGUUCAACCCACUGGUACUGUUCAACCCACUAGUACUGUUCAAUCCACUGCUACUGUUCAACCCACUACUUCUGGUCAACCCACUACUAAACGUAAGUAGAGUAAUCUUGCAAAUAAAUAAAAAUGAAGAAGUUGAUAAUGUUUAAUAUAAAAGCUAUAUAUCAUAAGCAAGCCUGCCUUAAUAACAAUAUAACAUUUAUUCUCUUGAAAUAAGAUUAACUUUUUCACCCUACCUUUGCAUUUAAGAAUUUCAGUGGUUACAAAAACCUAUUCGUGGGCCGUUAGCUUGCUAUCCCGGUUGAAUCUCUGAUGCAUUGGGCUUAACCAUAAACGUCAUAACAAUGACUAAUUUGAUGGCAUAAAGAACAGUGGAAUUUUCGAAAAAAUAAAAAGACAAUGAAACGUUCUGAUCAGGCCAAAAAAAUACCGUUUUCCUAUUUCUUGGUAUAAAUGCUCAUGCAUGAGAGUGAUAAUAGACAGAUUUAGAUCGAGGACGCGGACGUCAGAGACGACGUGAAAAUGGCGUCAAAAUGGCGUAGCAUAUCCAUACAUGGGCACGACACGCCAUUUUCACGUCGUCUUUGACGUCCGCGUCCUCAAUCUAAAUCUGUCUAUUCUACGUCCAUUACAGCAGCACAUAUUGGACAAAAAUUUGUUAAAUGUUAUAUUAAUUUUGAAACAAACAAGUUACACUUCAUUUAGCUAGUACAAAACUAACGCCACGGACUGGGUACUAAAAUUUGCUCCAAAUUCUCGCCAAGCCUCCUGCACAUAUUUUAAUCAGGGUGGGUUAUUUCGGUAAUCGUUCCAUGUUUCGCGCACCAGUAUAGUAAACGUUAUGUAAUGGAUAUUAUAGUGUAUUGAAAAGUUAACUGGAUACCUCCAUAUACAUAUAUACACACCCUAACCUUAACCUAACCCCUACCCUAACCCCUACCCUAACCCUAACCCCUACCUAACCCUAAUACCUAACCCCUAACCUAUAUUGGUGCGCGAAACAUGGAACGAUAACCGUUAUUUUCAUUGUAUAUUUUUUACCUUACUGUAACGACACGACUGGGUGGCAUUAUUUGUUAUCCGAUAAGUACUAUUAAAUUGCUACAAAUAGUCGUGGCUGCAUUAACGAAGAAACACACAACAAUACCAAUUUUUCUGUUGUUUUUCCAGCUAUCAUGGCGAACUCGUUUUCUUGCACAAACCUUGACCGAUGCUGUGAAGGGAUAGGAAACACUAAUAUUACGUAUUACGCAUCAAACAAACGGAAACAGACACUUUCGGACGUUCGUUGCAGCUUGGAUAAGACGACUCAUGUGUGCUGUAGCGCUGGUAUGUUAAGUCAGACAUAGACAUGUUUUUAUUGACUCGUUCAGUAGAAAUUUGCUUGAACGGGUCUUAAAACUUUGGCCAUGCUGACGCGGUAACACGGUGAUUGUAUAUUAACGGAGUUUGUUGUUUAUAAUAAAAUGUAUCGCUAUCGCGUCAAUUAGCGACCAUAUUAUAGUUAACCAUGUGACCACCAUAUACUCUCAAAUCCAUCUGUGAACUAUUAUCCCCUAAGAGAGCCAGAACGCACUCAGAAAGCGAGGACAUAGCUUUAACCUAUAUCAAAAAUUCGGACAGAGAGAUACACGCGAUCAUUUGUAAAUAGAUGUUUAUUCAAGUUUAUAGUGUAGAACUGUAGCUUUUUAUCUAUAGUAUAUAUGUCUUAUGCAGAGUACAUAUUAUUUGUAAAGUUGUGACAUGUCUGAUGUAACUAUUCUCUUUUCAUGUUAUUAAAGGGAUACGGCAAUAUAUUUUUUUAUUAUUUCAUUUCGAAGAACUUUUAAAAUUAUAUGUUAAUCUCUUUUACCGAUUUUGCGUAACUUUAUUAUUUCUUGAGAUAUUUGAACAGAAAAAAUUGCAAAUCAGCGAGCUUUCCGCCAUCUUGGAUUUUGGCGGAUAUGCAUGACAUGCGGACAUCAUAAGCAGGGUCACGCAAGAAUUUUAUCCAUAGAGCAAUUGGUUAUUAUGAGCCCAAAAUCAUAUACUUCAGUAACUAUUUGAAAUAAAAAGCUGUCUGACGACUUUUCAAACAAGACUUAAUGUUAUUUGGUCAUUUAGAUGUAGUUUUAUAUGGCUAACCCUGCUUUUGACAUCACUAAAAUCACCGAUAAUGAGAUAAAAAUUAAUCCAAGGUGGCGGACAGCAAAUUAUUUUAAGUCAAAAUAUUUCAAGAAAUAAUAAAGUUACGCAAAAUCGGUAAAGGAGAUUAACAUAUAAUUUUAAAAGUUCUUUAAAAUGAAAUAAUAAAAAAAUAUAUUGCCGUAUCCCUCACUGAACUGUUGCAUUUCCAAAUAUGCAUGAUGUUCGAAAGCAAAGUAAUUUAUCUGUCCCAAGUAUUUGAUGCACCCGUAGUGUCCACAUCAUGUUUUGCACACGAAUACCUUUUUGAUCUUGACCCAAUGAAAAUUAUAUUGUGUGCAAAACGUGAGGAUAGGACGACCUUAAUUGAAACCGCUAAGUACUUGAUUGUUGAAGUUAUUUCUAGAUGGAAAUGGUUUAUUCCCGCAUUUAUUGGUCAAAAUGAUAAAUUUUUUAUCAUACAUGUGUUAAAAAAGGAUGUUCUGCUUCUUUGCGCGGGGUAGAUAUUUUUCCAGUUAAACCCUUCGAAUUAAGCCCUCCGAGUUCAGCCCUUUUCGAAUUAAGCCCCUGCCACGCCCUUUUAAUACCUACCCCCUUUGCGCGUAGCCAUGAAAAAAAACUUGAACUCCAUUCCAUUUAAGCGUGAUUUAAGGUGGUCCUAAGUUGAAAACAAUGUAGUUGUGACGUAAUUACUGGAAAGGUCUAUUUCGAGUGGACUUUUUUAUUUAUUAGACGUAAUAAAUACAACUAUAGACCCUUUGCACUGACGUCACAAAUCCUUAGAGUGUCCUCCAGAUGCUCCCUAACAAUAUCUGUUCGGGUACAACAACCACAUACAGCGCAAAAACUAACCAUUUUGAUACAAAAUUAUUAUAAACUUUUACAAAAUUUGCUUUGUUUACAAAAGUUAUAUUAUGCAUAAAUUUCUAAUUUGUCCUCCAGAUGCAUCAUCACCGGCGCUGUGACGUCAUCUGCAAUGGGUCUAUAGGUCCUCUGGCAGGAAUCGAACCUGUGGCUCUGUCAGCCUAGCGCUGCACUGGAAUCCCAGGGCUGCAGGUUCACUUCCUGCCAGAGCGCCUAUAGUUGCAUUUUUCACAACUGCUCCUAGUUACGUCUUAAUACAAAUCCCUUCAAUAGUUAGUUCUAUCGCGUCCAAAAUCCUGAUCCGAUGGCCAAAAUCCUGAUACCUAAAUACUAGAUUGUUUUUUUUCCAGGUAUUUUGAAUGCAAGCUUCAUCAUGACUCUGGUCGGAAUAUUUUUCUUCCUUAUUUGA